AUGCCUCUUUUCUAUAUGCACGGCAUGCCCAUCGGUGGCACGGCGAUCAUGCUCGCCCUCGUCGCUAGUAUGGGCGGGUUUAUAUUUGGCUACGACACAGGCCAGAUCUCAGAUAUCCUACUCAUGGAAGACUUCAAGCUGCGAUUCGCGACGUGUUCCAAUCCGGUCGACCAUAAUAGUUGUGAAUUCUCGACGGUUAGAGCUGGUUUGAUUGUCUCUCUACUUUCAAUAGGAACUCUUGCUGGAGCGUUGAUGGGAGCACCAAUUGCAGAUGGGAUUGGAAGGAGGCGUGCCAUGACGGCCGAAUGCCUUCUGUUCUGUAUAGGAAUUAUCGUACAGUUAACCAGCUUUCAUGUGUGGCAACAGGUAGCAGUUGGGCGUCUUAUAUCAGGCCUUGCAGUCGGAGCUCUGAGCGCCGCUGUACCCAUGUAUCAAGCAGAGACGGCUCCAACCCAGAUACGAGGGACUUUGACGGCUACAUACCAGUUAUUCAUCACCCUCGGCAUUCUCGUCGCUUAUUGCAUUGCCAUUGGCACUCGUAGUCUCCCUGGAGCAGCGUCAUGGCGCACCCUGAUUGGAAUUGGAUUCGUUUGGCCUGUCAUCCUUGGAGUUGGCAUUCUCUUCAUGCCAGAGUCACCCAGGUGGCUCGUGGCGCAUGGUCACACCAAAGCUGCAGAACGCUCUAUCGCUCGUGCAUACGGCAUCAAAGCGGCAGACGAGGGAACGAAUCGCUUUGUUCAAGCCGAAGUCGACGAAAUUGUCAAUCAGGUACAAAUGGAAACCAGGCUGAGAUCUGGAUGGAUAGAUUGCUUCAAACCGAAGAAUAAGACACUGUAUCGAACGUUGUUGGGUAUGACACUCCAGAGUUUCCAGCAACUUACCGGUGCAAAUUACUUCUUCUACUAUGGUGCCACUAUUUUCCAGAGUGUUGGGAUCAACGAUAGCUUUGUCACCCAGAUUAUUCUGGGCGCCGUCAACUUUGUAUGUACGUUUGGGGGAUUAUAUGUGAUGGAAAGAUUUGGGCGCCGGAGACCUCUUAUUUGCGGUGGAAUUUGGCAAGCUGCAUGGCUGUUCGUCUUCGCUGCUGCUGGUACAGCGAAGGACCCAAGAACUAAUUCUAACAUUGGAAAGCUCAUGAUUGUCAGCGCUUGUUUGUUUAUCUUAGGAUAUGCAAUGACUUGGGCCCCUGGAAUAUGGAUUCUCAUCGGAGAAACCUUCCCGACAAGGACAAGGGCUAAACAGGGUGCGCUGUCGACUGCGAGCAACUGGUUGUGGAAUUUUUUGAUUGCGUUCUUCACGCCUUUCAUUACCUCCGCAAUUGAUUUUAGAUACGGGUUUGUCUUUGCGGCAUGUAACCUCACUGGAGCUGUGAUUGUGUUCUUCUUCUUGUACGAGAGUUCGGACCUUUCACUGGAGAGUGUCGAUAACAUGUAUAAUGACCCACAUUGCAAGCCUUGGACAUCCAGUUCCUGGGCUCCUGCUGGUUACUCAUCACGCUACGACCUUGUCGAACAAACAAAGGCGGCCCAGGCACGCAAGCCGCUUGCGAGUGGUGCCAUUGAAGAGAAGCAAAUCGAGCACGCCGGACAGCCGAAUGGCGUCAAUGGACAGGCGGUCCCUGGGUAUACGGCUGCCCCUGGUGUUGGAGCAGGAUUCGGAAGCGACGCGGGUGCGGGAGGUCUUCAAGCUCCUCAAACGAUGAUGAACAUGCCCGAACCUGAUCUCCAAGGCACUCAGGGUUACAGACGGGCUUCGAGUCGCGUUCCACCGCCACCCAGCGAUAGCUAUACGCUGCCUCCUGAAAGUGGGUUCGCGACUGGGGCUGCUGUGAAACCCGGUGCUGGGGGACGUGAGAUUAACGUGGACAUGGAUCCCAACAGGGGUCUACAGGGUGGAGUUGGUCUGACGAAGGAAGGCCCUCCAGGAGGUAUUGGAAUGUCGGAAGCUGAUGGACACGGAAACAAGGGCAACAAAUUGGAAGCGGGAUACUUGGGGAGGGUGCUGUGA